CGGUGCUGGCGAGUAGUGCGCGGCUGGCGUGACUUUCAAGAGAAGAUCUUCCCCUGAUGGUUUAGCAGUUCUUCGUGUUUAGAGAUGAAUUUGUGUUGGGUGCAGCCACGUAGCUGGUUGUGUACGAUUAGGAGCGGCGCUGUCGCCAGGACAUUUUUAAUGCAGAAGGAAUCUGUCCACCCGAGGCCCACCUGUAGCUGGGUGCUCCGUAGGCCCGUCGCUGAAACCCAGACGACGACUUUUGGGCUGCCUUGGAUCUGGCAGCAGGUUCGCGGACGCAAGAGGGGGUUGGAGUACCAGCCGUCCAACAUCAAACGGAAGAACACCCACGGCUGGAUGAAACGGAUCAGCACAAGGGGCGGCAUUGAAGUCAUCUUACGGCGCAUGCUGAAAGGCCGGAAGUCCCUGACGGUUGACUACAUCGCAUAUCACAAGGGAAAAAUAUGACUGUUGAGCAAACGUGCCGAACACGAGCCAUUAAGUUCCUUUUAUAAGUUACACAGAAUGAGGGGAUGUUUCUGACUCUUGCUCCACCUUGUUUUAUAGAUCGCCUUCUGUGCAAAGACAGCUCUGGGAAAUUAGGCAGCGGACUCUGGUCAGACAGGUGGGGAUAGAAUGGGAUACCUGGUAGGUAAGAGUCCAUUAACUCCAGGCCACUCGUCCUGAGAAGUAUUAGUAAACAAAUCUAUCUAGAGAAAAAAUGUCCUCUGUUUACUUGCGCCAUUUUGAAAUGUUUUCCAAAGCUACAAUAAAGACUAAAGUGGUCCAGUUUUCUAGCCAUCACCAA